UCUUUACAGGUCAGGUCUUGUCAUUAUCCCAUUAGCAGUAGUUAUUUUAAGGUGCCACCUCUUUUUAUUAGUACUUGGACCUAAUAGUUUCAGACAUUCAGUAUCCUGUGCUGUCACUGUGUGCGGAGGCCAGUCUGCACCUCGUUGUCAGAGCUCACAGGCCUGCAACCGUCUGGUCCAGCAACGGAACAGAAGGUGUGCGAGGGCUGCAGGGCACAGCCAUGGGGAACACACACGCAAGUCUGGACGACAUCCUUGCUGAGGACAUGCACCACUGGUAUAACAAGUUCAUGAGGGAGUCUCCAUCAGGCCUGAUCACACUUUUUGAACUCAAAUCCAUCCUGGGACUGCAGGGCAUGAAUGAGGAUGCUAACAGUUAUGUGGACCAGGUGUUCUUCACUUUCGACAUGGAUGGGGAUGGAUACAUAGAUUUUGUGGAAUAUAUCGCUGCUAUUAGUUUAAUGCUGAAGGGGGAAAUCAAUCAGAAACUGAAAUGGUACUUCAAACUUUUUGACCAGGAUGGCAAUGGAAAAAUUGACAAGGAUGAAUUGGAAACGAUAUUUACUGCUAUACAAGACAUUACAAGAAAUCGUGACAUUGUGCCAGAGGAAGUAGUGGCUCUUAUAUUUGAAAAGAUUGAUGUUAACGGAGAAGGUGAACUGACGCUGGAGGAAUUCAUUGAAGGAGCCAAAGAUCAUCCUGACAUUAUGGAUAUGCUGAAGAAACUGAUGGACCUCACUCCAGUCCUGGUCAUUAUUGUGGAAGGGCGACAGAAUCCAAUCAAUACAAGUUAGGCUGGCUAAACGCCAACUUAAGGACAGAGAAAACAGAAAAUUCUCCACCUGAAAGCAAAAUGAAAGUGGAGUUUGGUAGUCCCACUCUUGAGGAACAGAUGUAGCUUCUCACAGCACCUGUGAGAUUUCCUCAACAGAAAAUUGUGCAAAAAGCAUGGUGCUGUCUGACCCCAGUGGAGAUACUAAGCCUUGCAUCUGAGCUGUCCUCAGCUGAACAUUGAUCUUCUAAUGCUAUAAGGGGGAUUCAGGAGACUAAGGAACUGCUGGCAAGGCUUAGGAGGGAGCAGUGUGGUGCUUUUUAAGGAAAGGCUCAGUAGAGAACACUGUGCACACAUCUAGUGACUUUCAUUGGAUGAGCACAUCAUAUAAUCCAUGUACUUG